GACACCGGCGAGCCCUGGUCCCCCCCGCGCCCUAUAUAACCCCGGCCCCGACCGAUAUAAGGGGGCCGGAGCCGCCCCUGGCCGGCUAGUCCUCCUCGCCGCCGCGUCCUGCAGGUGCCCAACCCCACAACGCAGGGAUUCCCCAUCGCCCCAUCCCUGGACCGACUUCCCCCAAAAGGGCACGAGUUUCUCCCCACUGCUGCUGGGAAAGAUGGCCUCGGAGGAGUGGACAGAGCUGGAAGCAGCCAUUCAGAAAAUCGUCUUCAUCUUUCACAAAUGUGCAGCCCAGGAAGGCAAGAAGGGCACACUGACCACCGGCGAAUUCAAGGAGCUGGUGACCACGCAUCUCCCAAACCUCAUGAAGGACGUAGGGGAUCUUGAUGAGAAAAUGAAGAGCUUGGAUGUCAACAAUGACGAGGAGCUGAAAUUCGGGGAGUACUGGAGGCUCAUGGGAGAGCUGGCCAAGGAAAUCAAGAGAGAGCAGAAAGGGAAGAAGUGAAGGGUGUGCCUCUGUGUCCAUGUGUGAGUGAGUGAAGGGGACAGACAAGAGGAGGGAGCAAAGUCUGACCAUCAGUACGUAGGGGUGGGAGUGGGGAAGGAAUAUCCUGGGAUAUAUAAACCCAUGUGGCCAGCUGGAACGUCCAAAUAAAAGCCUUUAUCCUGA